AUGGGGCAAAACCCACUAUUCUACUGGCAAAGAGAAAUGAUGAUGUUGACUGCAAACACCCAAGAAGAUAUAAACGAUUGGGUGAUUGGAUCUGAUAAAGAUUUUGGCGGAACUUCGGAAGUAAAAUUCGAGUUAACACCAGAAGGAUACGGUAAAUUCCACGGAAACAUUACAACACCAACAUCAUCACCCAGCACGAAUAUCAACAAUAUCCAUAAAUCACAACGUCCAAAAUUUGGGUAUGCGGGGAUACGAACAAAAAAAAGUAAGUUCACACUCCUUGGCACUCCCGCAUGGGACACCACACUAUUUCGAUACCUGACGAUGCGACUUCGUGGUGAUCGUCGCAAAUACUACGUAAAUUUACAAACGGAUACACCGAUACUUACUGAUUUAUGGCAGCAUCGAUUGUUUUUGAGACGGCCUGGCGAAUGGGAAAUUGUCAUGAUCCCAUUCGAAGACUUUAUCUUAACAAACCACGGCGUAAUACAAACACCACAAAUAUUAAUGAUGCGCGAACGCAUCAACACUAUUGGAUUCUCGGUACUGGAUCGAAAAACCGGUCCUUUCUCGUUGGAAAUUGAUUAUAUCAAGGCGAUGAAUACAGAGUUCUCGGAAGGUGAUUAUGAUCGUUUGAGAAGGCCAUCCGAUGAGUAUAAUUUUAAGGAGCUGUGA